AGUGAGACUGUGGUGGAGGGCACCCUGACCCACCCUUUUGCCCUGACACUGUCUGAGGAGACCUUAUACUGGACCGACUGGCAGACCCGCUCCAUCCACGCCUGCAACAAAAACAGUGGAGAUAAAACCAGAGAGAUCCUCAGUGGGAUCUACUCUCCGAUGGACAUCCAGGUCCUGGAGGCCUACCGGCAGCCUAACAUCCUGACCCCCUGCAGUGACAGUAAUGGAGGCUGUAGUCAUCUCUGCCUGCUCUCUCCAGUGCAGCCUUUCUACAGCUGUGCCUGCCCCACUGGAGUCCAGCUUAAACCAGAUGGGAAGACAUGCAAACCAGGAGCAGAGCAGGUUCUACUGCUGGCUCGAAGGACGGACCUCCGGAGGAUCUCACUGGACCUGCCCGACUUCACUGACAUAGUGCUACAGGUCGAUGACAUUCGCCAUGCCAUAGCUAUAGACUAUGACCCAGUUGAGGGUUACGUCUAUUGGACGGAUGAUGAGGUUCGGGCCAUCCGCCGAUCCAACAUUGACGGCAGCAAUGCCAUGAUGCUGGUUACCACGGAGAUCAACCACCCAGAUGGCAUUGCUGUUGACUGGGUGGCCAGAAACCUGUACUGGACCGACACCGGCACUGACCGGAUCGAGGUAACCAGGCUGAAUGGAACGUCUCGGAAAAUUCUGAUUUCUGAGAAUCUGGAUGAACCCAGAGCCAUCGUCCUGGACCCCGUCAAUGGGUACGAUUAG